AUGAAAUUUCUAUCGAAAUUUCAAAAAACCUGGUUCUGCCAAUGGAGACCAGGCUCGCUUGACAUCUUGAUAGAGGCUGGAAGACUAACUCGUCAUGAGUGUAAGAGGCAGUUCGCCAGUAGGAGGUGGAACUGUCCAACUUUUCCAGAUGAAAAAAAUGGCGGAAGUUAUAAUAAAAUAAAAAUUAAUAAUUUUCCAGGAAACAAGGAGACAGCAUUUCUGCAGACGCUGACGUCAUCGUCGAUGGCUUACGUCAUAACGAAGGGAUGUGCCAGUGGCGCCAUCUUUAAUUGCGGCUGCGAUACGGAUCGUCGCGACUUUUACACUACUAAUAAUUAUUUGAAUAAUAAUUAUAAUUAUAAUAAUAAUUAUAAUCAUAAUCAUAAUAAUGAAGAUGACGUCAUAUUCAAGUGGGGCGGAUGUUCAGACGAUGUUAUACACGGUAUAGAGUUUACAAAAAAUCUCAUAGACGAAAGUUCCGAUAAGAUUAUUCGAAUCGGAGAAAGCCGAAUAAAUCCGGAUAAAAUAAACGCUAAAAAAGCGAUGCUACAACACAACGUGAAUACCGGUAGGGAUGUGCUGUUGAAUUCGAUUAUUGUCAAGUGUAAGUGCCACGGAAUUUCUGGAAGUUGUCAGACGAAAACGUGUUGGAGGACUUUGAGUCAGUUUCAGUCGAUCGCUGCAGAAAUUAUGACUCGCUAUGAUCACGCGGAGAAAAUUGAAAGAGGCGUUCGAAAAAAUAUCGCCAGGGUGGUAGCGAGAGAUCAAAAAAACAAUAAUAACAACACCAACAAUCUCGUUUAUGUCAUCAAUUCGCCAACAUACUGCACACCAUUGCCAAAGUUCGACUUCUACGGCACGACAGGACGGACGUGCGACCGGAAAUCCGGAAGCCAGUACGGAAGUUGUGACGUCACGUGUUGUGGGCGUGGCUACGUCACGGUAGUGCGCCGCGUGACCGAGAGAUGCAACUGCCAGUUCCAUUACUGCUGCACUGUCACGUGCGAGAAGUGCGAGCGUUCCUACGACGAGCACCUAUGCAAAUGA